CCCACCAUUUGUACAGUUGAACAAGUACGAACGGAGCCGCCCCGUACUACGUGAUCCGAAAUUCUGGAACAUGCCGAUCUCUAUGCACUGAUAAGUCCUUGAUCCUAAGCAUGCGCAGUUAGGCUAGAUAAUGCGGGAAAAGUGACAGCCUCCCGCGUAAACUAGUAUAUAUAAACUGUUUAGUAGAUGUAAACAGGUACAUCGCAGAAGAAAAUUAAUUAUUUUUAAAGUGAUAAAUUUAUGUGUAUGAAUAAUGAACAUUGUUGAUUCCCUGGUACGACGCACAGCCGGAUUCGAAUCGAUACGAGACUAUGAUCUCGCUUUAUACCGACUAAAGUGCCAUCAGGACGAUAUUUACCGAGGGAUAACCCCAAAUCCAGACGCCCUAGACUUCAAUCCAGAGCCACCUGUCUUCGCCUGUCGCUUUUGUCCGAAUUCAGGAUACGAACAGAUUCUUGCUCUGGCUAAUGAAGAUGGAAAAAUUGCACUGCAGGAUAUAUUGGUCAAGGGACAAGCCAAUCAAGCUCUCGAUGGCACACAAGCCCAUCGCAACGCGAUUUUCGACAUGGCCUGGAUGCCGAAUGAACAGAAGUUGGUAACAGCUGCGGGCGAUCAAACAGCUCGCCUCUGGGACGUCUCCGUCCAGGAAAUAACUGAAAUCGACUGCUUCAGCGCUCACAGCCGAAGCGUAAAAACCGUAGUAUUCCGUCCCCAGGACAAAGCAGUCUUUGCAACAGGUGCCCGUGACGGUGCGAUAAUGCUCUGGGACAUUCGAGCCUCCCACAACGGCCAACGUCGCCCGGACAACUGUAUAAUGAACGGUCACGUUAGUGGCACAAAAUUCCGACACCGCUUUGCCGAAGAAUCCUCACGAACCCAGAGCAUAACAGGUCUAACGUUCCAGGACGACAUGACACUGAUCUCAUGUGCAGCUGGUGAUGGUAUGAUAAAAGUCUGGGAUUUACGAAAAAAUUAUUCCGUCCACAAGAAGGAGCCUCAGCCCAAGCACGUGAUGCAAUACACUGGAGGCAGUACACGUAAUGGUUUCACCUCUCUCCUGAUGGAUCCAGCUGGAAUAAUCCUUUACGCUUCCUGCAUGGACAACAAUAUUUAUGCUUACAAUAUAUCCUCGUACAAUCCAAAGCCAGUGGGAGAGUAUUAUGGCCACGAGAACUCGACGUUUUACGUAAAAACUUGCCUGAGUCCUGAUGGAAAAUACUUGGCCAGUGGCUCGAGUGAUGAGCAGGCCUACAUUUGGAAGACCAGCAGGCCAGGUGGCCCCUUGGUGAAGCUCUCUGGACACACCAAAGAAGUGACAUGCGUAGCCUGGUGCAACGUGGGAGAACUGAAAAUUGUCACGUGCUCCGACGACAGUUGUCACAGAAUAUGGAGAAUAGGGUUGGAACAUAAGAGUGAUAACGAUGACAUCGAGAUUAUUGGAAGGGCUGAGAAGGUGGAUAUGAAUCUGACGAGGCAAUCUGUCCUGGAGACAACGCCAACAGUGUCCAGAAGGUGGAUAAGACAGGAGCACACGCCCUCCGAUGGCACACCAGCGUCAGAUUCUGAUCAAUUAAUUCAGAAUCUCAGCUCUGGAAAGAGAUCGAGAGCGCAAAUGUUGGCUGGGGGAGCCUGGACUGAUGGAAAGUUCAAGAACAUACUCUCGCCCAUCGAGGAGAAUAUGGAACCCUCUAGCAAGAGGGGUUGUGUGGAGAACAGAAGUGCCAGGAGACUUUUUAGUCCUUCGAAUUCUAGAGAUGCAGAGGCUGGAUGCUCCUCGGAUAAAACUCCUUUCUCGCCGACUUUGAAUCUUCCGAAUUUUGUUAUUGAUGGAACUGCUCCUCAUCUUGUUCAGAUGUCUCCGCAGAAGUGCAAAGAGAAUGUUGAUUGGCUGACGAAGAUCAGGAAGGAGAGAUUCGAACAAAAGAGCAAUUCCGACGAGAGGGUUCAGAGUCCUGUGGCUCUGGUGACACCAGGUAGGAGAGGGAUAAGAUCCAAGUCGGCUGAGCCCAGGAGAGUUAAAGGUCCCUCGGUUUCUUUAUUGAAUUUUUUCAGGGUGGGGAGGGAGUGCGAGAAGGACCUUUGCGGGGAGGGAACUAAUUCUAGACCGCAGAGGCGAGAUUCUGUUGAUUAGGAGAGAUGUUUCAUGGUGGAAUGAAUGUGAUUUAAUUAUUUUAGAUGGAUUCUGUGAGAAUGAUACACUGUCUGAAUACUCGUCGAUAGGGCAAUUUAGCGAGACAUGAGUGAAAUUUAUAAUUAGAUAAUUCCAAUUAGAUUAUAAUUUUUACUAUUGUAAGUGGAAGAACAGGGCGACAUUUGAUGACAACAUUCAUUUCUUCUAUUUUUCAUUUUCGUAAACGGUAGAGUCCUGUCAUUAUCAGUUAUGUGGAAUUUGACGUGUUAAAAAACUGAGAAAUGUUUUUUAAUAUAAAUCAGUUCUGGACAUUUCUCACAAUGUUUUUAAUACUCUUGUGCCACUGUCUUUUGGGUAGUCUUCGGCAGAAUUUAUUGUGAAUGACAAUGUCAAGAGACUUUUAGGCAAAUUUCGGGGUGCGAAAGAGUUGAAUGGAAUUAUGGAAGUUCUAUGAAAAAUGUAUUCAAAAAAUACGAUUCAUUCCUGGAAUAGCGUGAGUAGAAAUGUUCAAUAGAAAAUGAAUUGAUCUCGACCUUUUCAUGCAAGUCGUUGCAUUUUUUAUAAAAAAUUACUGACUCGACUAUUCCAAAUUUUUUUAAUUUUUACUCAGGGUGUUAGAGAUGCAGUAAAUACUGAAAAUAUGAAAGAAUAUCACGCCAGGCAUUAUCAAUGUUCCAUUGACAUUCUAUAAUUUUUUCCCAGGGGGUUCUUUCGUGAAUUUGCUUACAUGUAAAAGAUCUCAUAAAAUUUCCUCUAAAAGUCAUUCUUUACCAAGAUAAUUACAUGAAUGCUUUUGGAAAUAAUCUUAAAUUCAUUGGACGCUCUGAAGGCCUUUGUGCUUGUCUCAGAAAUAUUUGCAUGCACUUGAAAAUGACAAAGUUGUAGACUGAGACAAUACUCAACGACAUCACAGAUAUCAAAUUAUCCUCUGUUAUACGUGGGCUUUUUAAAUUGUAUGUUAUUCACAUACUGUUAGGAGCCAUCCAGUGCCUUAGUAUUAGCGUUAAGUAUUCUUUAUGAGUCUCCAUGGAAUCGGCAUAAUUAAGAAAACGCUUCCACCACCUGUUAUAUAAGCUAAGUAUUUUUUACUCCGAUGUAAAUUAUUUUUUUGUAAUUAAAUUUUUAUAUUCUUCGAA